CUAGCUAGUGUGCCUCCGCAUGCAUCCAGUGCUGGCCAGCCGGUGAGCACUGCCGCUCGCCGCAUCAGGUAGUAGGGCGCUAGCUAGCCAUGGCUCGCGUCGCCGCCAUGGUGGUGGUGAUGGUGCUCCUCCAGCAGUUGGCCUCCUCGUACUCGUACACCGUCGCGGCCCACGCCGAUGCUGCUGGCGUGCUUGGCCGCAAGGCGGGCGUCGUCGUCGACGAGACUCCGGUGGAGAAAUCGCCGGCUGGGCCGGGGAGGUACGCAGUCAUCUUCGACGCCGGCAGUACGGGGAGUCGGGUGUACAUCUUCCGGUUCGGCAGGCAGAUGGACCUCCUCCGCAUCGGCGACGAGAUCGAAUUUUUUGCCAAGUUGAAGCCAGGUCUGAGCUCGUAUGCUGGGCGACCCCAGGAGGCCGCAAAGUCCAUUCUGCCUCUUCUCGAGAAGGCCAAGAGCAUUGUCCCCUCAUGGCUUAUGAAAAGAACCCCUGUUAAGCUUGGAGCGACUGCUGGAUUACGCCUUAUCGGAAACCAACAAGCAGACCAAAUCCUCGAUGCGGUCAGAGACCUGGUCCACAAGAAGAGCAAAUUCCAGUACAAGCCCAACUGGAUCAAUGUUCUUGAGGGGUCUCAGGAAGCAUCCUACCUAUGGGUCGCUCUGAAUUACUUGCUGGAUAAACUGGGAGGGGAGUAUUCCCAGACGGUAGGCGUGAUUGAUUUGGGUGGCGGGUCGGUGCAAAUGGCGUACGCUGUCUCCGCAAACGCUGCUGCGAGAGCUCCCGCGGUGCCUGACGGCGAGGAUCCCUACAUUACCAAGGAGUAUUUUAAAGGGAAACAGUACAAUGUAUACGUUCACAGCUACUUGCGCUAUGGUUCCUUUGCAUCACGAGCGGAGAUUCUGAUGUCCAAGAACGGACCAUUCAGCUCCUGCAUGCUGCGCGGAUUUAGUGGUAAAUAUACCUACAAUGGACAGCAGUUCGAUGCGACUGCUAGACCAGAAGGAGCAUUGUAUGACAAAUGCAGGGGAGAGAUUGCCAAGGCGAUGAAUCUCAAGGCACCAUGCAAGACAGCAAAGAACUGCACCUUCUGUGGUGUGUGGAAAGGGGGAGGUGGAGCUGGCCAAAACGACAUCUACGUCGCGUCAGGUUUCUACUACCUUGCCUCACAUGUUGGGUUCAUAGAUAGCAAAGCUCCAAGCGCAAAGGCCCCUCCUGCCGCAUUCAGGGCUGCGGCUAAGAAGGCCUGCAAAUUCGAUGUCAACAGAGCAAAAGUGGCCUACCCAGAUGUUUCUAACAGUGAUGUGCCGUACUUGUGUAUGGAUCUUACUUACACGUACACAUUGCUCGUUGACGGCUUCGGUCUGCAGCCAAUGAAAAAGAUUACAUUUGUAUCCAAGGUGAAGCAUGGCGAAUACUACAUCGAAGCCACAUGGCCUUUGGGUACGGCUAUUGAGGCCGUGUCACCGACAAGGCAGAUCGGAAACUAAUGGGCUGCUGCUCGCACUGAACUGAACUCUGGAUUUAGCGCAUGUUAUCAUGGUUGCAGUUAGCGCUCCUGACCUAUAAUAUUUGACUCUCAAAUAAUUUCUGUACUGCUGCUCGGCAGCGUGCAUGCAAACUGAGCAUUUUCGAGUCAGCCUCUGCGUGUGUGCGGGCUAAUUCAACUAUGAAAUUCAUUCGAAUUUCUUUCCACUUUCACUUUGGUAUCUUCAGUGAAUAUGUAAAUCUUUGAUGUUCUUCUGCUUUAAUCCUGUGACAUGUCUCACACAAAGCUAC